AUGCUUGGCAAGCGGUUGUCCACGGAGCGGUUCCUAGGAGGCCUCGAGGGAAAUCGAGUUAGGAGUCGAUUAGCCCGGUAUCAUUACGGCAUCGUCACACAGGUCAAAUAUGAGCGAGGCCAUCACUCCAAAUCCCAAAGAAUAUGGUGCAAAUUGGAAGAAUGUUGGAAAGUUGACGGCAUAAUGGAGUGGGAACAUCCCCUUUCGGAGAGCAAACCUAUCCGCAAAAGCUUCUACACCACACGGCGUUGUGACAAAGAUCUGACUAUGAAAAAGAAAUUAUAUUCCUCGGGCUCAACAGUUGCACCAACCCGAAUGGGCAAUGAUGUCAGCAAACUUUGCGAAUUUCGAGCCGAUCUUAAUGCUGUGCCAAAGCAGUUAUUUGAAAGACACACUAAUAGCAAAGGAAUAUCAUACUACAAAAUACGCUAUGAUCUUGUGAUUAUUCCCACUUCCGGCUACAUGUACUAUCAACAAGAGCUCAACGGAGUAUCUUACGGCAGAGUACGAGCAGAGUAUUAA